AUGGCUAAAGGGGAAUACAAGCCAGUGUUCACCAGUGAACAAAAGGAAAAUAUCAGCUUAGUGUCUCUCCUGUUUUUUCGUUGGAUGAACGGUGUCUUCCAAUCAGGUUCUCAUGGAACUUUAGAAGAAACCGACUUUGUUCCCCUCUCAAGAGAAAACACAACAGGCUCUUUGACAGAUCUUCUGGAAUCAAAAUGGAAUGAAGAGAAAGCCAAUUGCAAAGAGAAUGGGAAAAGGCCAAAACUUUGGAGAAGCAUCUUGAAGAUGGUGUCUUUCAAAGAUACAUUCAUCAUAGUAAUUGAUCAUUCAAUGUACACAGUCUGGCGCCUUAUUAAGCCUUUGUUUCUCGGUUAUCUUAUUUUCUCAUUGAUGUCAGCUGAACCACAGAAAAAUCUGUCUCUGUACGGUUGUGUGUUGGCUAUGUGCAUCUGUGCGACGAUUGGGGGACUCAGUGUUCAUUACUCUUCCUACAAAUGUGAUACUCUUGGUAUUGGAAUGAGCAGCGCUCUGAAAGGUCUCAUAUACCGAAAGGUAAACCUUUUUCUUAAUGAAUUUUUUUUAAUUUUCAAGAAUUUCCAAAAGAGUCGUGGCAGUGGUAAUAUACACAAACGAACCUAACAUCUCAAAUGUAAAUGCAAGUUGUCACGAUUAUAUCAGUUAAUUACAAGCAAUUAGAGGAAAACAUCACGAACAUAAUUAAUAAUCUACUCAAGCAUGAAUUUUCCUCCUUUGCAGACACUACUACUCGGCAAACAGGAAUUACUGAGAUUUUCAACAGGCCGUGUGAUUGACCUGGUAUCUAACGAUGUUCAGCGACUGGAAGGAGAAACUGUCAAAUUCUUGUACUUUAUGGUAUUAGAUUUCUUUCUAGUCGGAGGUGCAACAGUAUUACUUGUGUAUUUCAUUGGUUGGCAGACUCUUCUUGGUAUUGUUGUCCUGUGUUUGCUCGUACCAUAUUUUGGGAUGCUGUCCUAUGUUAGUGCUGCGCUGCGCCUGCGUACAGCAGCUGUUUCUGAUCAGCGUAUUUCCUUGAUGAACCAGGUGGUUUCUGGGAUUCGCGCCAUAAAAACGCGCGCAUGGGAGGAUGAGUACCAGGACAUGAUAAAGCACCUUCGAAGGUAAAUAAGAAAUAAGUUUUGGUUAAUCGUACACAAGUGCCUGAAAGAAAGAUUAUGCAUAAAAAGGUUUUUCACGCGUCCUUACUUUAUUCUCUCGGACAUGUGUGGACUUGUCAGAGUACUUAGACAUCGAGGUUACUAUUUUCCUGUUCUCGUUCAACAACGUGAGUCUGAUUAAUCGAACGUACCUUUCUUUCUUGUCAAAAUGUGUGAAGUGGUUCAUCAAACUAUCGACAUUUCAUUUGCAGAGAAAUUAGUUUGUAUAAUCUGUUUCAAUUUUUUAGCGAGGAAAUGAGUAUCAUUCGAAAGAAGAGUGCUGUUCUAGCAGGGGUUGCUGCCUUACAGUACACUUCAGUGCCAUUGGCAGUUCUGGUGGUAGUCAUUACAAUGGUGCUAACUGGUCGACCAAUCACACCUGUUAAUCUCUUCAUGCUUCUUCCUUAUAUCAAUACACUAAUAACAAGUAUUUGCUAUUACCAAGCCUAUGGAUCCCUGGAAACAUACGAAGCUUAUGCGUCACUUCAAAGAAUCGAAGAGUUUCUGCUUUUAGAUGAGUUGCACGGGAUCUCUGAUGGUAACUUGAUAAAGGAAACAUCUAAAUCGAACGGACUCUCAGAUAAACAGAGAAAAUCGGACAAAGCCUCCACCGCGGACGAGAGAGAACCUGGGAAGGAGUCUCUUCUUGUGUCAGGUCUUUCGUGUUCCCAAAGUGAUCAGGGGGAAGACUUUUCUCUGCAGGAUGUAGAAUUCACUGCAGCGCCAAAAAGUUUAACAAUCAUCACAGGACCCGUGGGAAGUGGAAAAUCUACUCUUCUGUUAGCUAUGGCUGGCGAAAUUUCAGAUAUCAGCGGUGAUAUAACUUUUCAAGGUUCACUUGCAUAUAUUUCCCAAACACCAUGGGUCUUCUCUGGAACCAUUAGACAAAACAUUUUAUUCGGUCUACCUUACGACGAAACCAAAUACUCCAAAAUUAUUGAGGCAUGUUCUCUUACAGAAGAUUUCCAGAUGUUUCCAAACGGUGACCACACAGUCGUAGGUGAGCGGGGCGCCGUUUUGAGUGGAGGUCAACGUGCAAGAGUGAGCUUGGCAAGAGCAGUAUACGUGGAUGCAGACCUGUACUUGUUGGAUGACCCUCUCAGUGCCGUGGACAUAAAAGUUGGACAACACAUUUUUGAAAGCUGCUUUCUAGACCCACUAGUCUUGGGUAACAAAACACGAGUAUUGUCAACUCAUCAAGAGGAACAUAUGAAAGUUGCUGAUGAAGUAAUUAUAUUACAAAAAGGUCGGGUGUUGGAAAAGGGAAGUUACAUUGAGCUCCAGAAAAAGGGCAGUCUUGCCACAGUUCUCGAUCCGCUACACAUAAAGUCCAACAGAGACAGCGAGUCGGAUUUGAGCUCAGUUUCGAAGGACAAAGAGAAACCAGAUGUCAUGGACAAAAGUGCGACAAAAGGAAAACAUAUCAAGGACCUCGUUAUUUCGGAGGAAGAUCGCACAAUCGGAGAAGUGACUUUAAAGACUUACUGGGAAUAUUUCAGAAGCGGAUUGCACUCGUUAGCAAUAUUUUCUUUAUUUAUUUUAUGUGUGGUUACUCAAGGUAAGAUUCAUACUAUAUACAAAGUGAUAUAAGAAAGUUGUCGUAUUCAAUUUUCUUGCUUUGAUCUCAAUGUUUUAAACCUCCUUUCAUCUACCGGUUGACCAAAUGUUAAUUCUUACUUUUUCUUUAAUCAUAGGAAUGAUCGUUGCUCCUGACGUAUGGCUUUCAUUCUUUUCAAAGAAACGUCUCGAAAAUCAGAGGAAGAGUAUAAGCUUAAUAUCGUAUAGCAGUCUAGUGAUUGGAUCCUUCAUAUUUGCCUUUAUCAGAGCAUAUGGAUUUCUCUUGGCGUCUUUAAGAUGUUCGGAGCGGCUUCAUGAUGAAAUGGUCGCAGCGGUAUUAAAGGCACCAGUUUUGUUCUUCGAUUCAAAUCCAGUUGGAAGAAUUCUCAAUCGAUUUUCCAAGGAUGUUGGUUGCCUGGACGAGUUGUUACCCGACACGUUUCUUCUCUCAGUCCAAGUUUUCCUGCUGCUACUUUCAUCCGUUUUGGUACCAAUUGUCACAAACCCUUGGGUUCUAUUUGUCGUUUGUCCACUGGCUGUAGUGGUUUUUACAUCUCUAGUUAUUACCUGA